AGAUAUUCGUAUGAAAAGCAAAAGCUUGGGGUGUAAUCUUUCGCUCUCCCAAAUUGGAGUGUUCGAUACACAUUACGAACUGUACCGUUUAAUUGUUCAUUGAUGCCUAUUUAUUUUAUAAUCUCCGAUCCCCCGAAUCGUUUUGGUACCUUGUUCCGUUGCGAAACUUCUACACAAUUACACUGAAGAAAUCAUCUUCCGGCGUCUCUCUCUCUCUGCGUCGCGCACACGCAAUUUACAUGCUAAAUUCCGCAUCAUCGAGUGUUUAGGAGAGUAGAAAUGGGUUGCGGCCAGUCGAAGAUCGAGAACGAGGAGGCUGUGUUGCGGUGCAAGGACCGCAAACUCUACAUGAAGGAUGCGGUAACGGCCCGCAACGCCUUCGCCGCUGCCCACUCAUCCUACGCCACCUAUCUCAAGAACACCGGCGCUGCCCUCAGCGAUUUUGCCAACGGUGAGGUCGCCCACUUCCAUUCCUCCCCCUCUGCUCAUUCUACCGUCCCCUCCUCCUCCGCUGCCUCCACCUCCGCCCCAACGUUCGAUCCCUUCCCUCCCCCUCCCCCUCUCCCCAACUUCCCUUUCCCGCUCCAGCGAGCAGCCACCAUGCCCGAGAUCAAGAUCCAGAAGCCCGAUCCGCAGAGGCCCGUUACCGGGACGAUCAUCGAGGAGGAGGAGGGUGUCGAGUCCGACGGUGAGGACCCCCGUACCCGGUUGAAAAGGCGUAGCGGUAGUAGUCAUAGAAACUCCAGAGUUGUGGAAGACGAGGGGGGCCCACCGCCGCUUGUGUCCCAGGAGGAGGUACCGAUGACUCCUCAACAGCACAAUACUCCGUACGAAUACUUUUUCUCAGUGGAUAACAUGCCCGGAACGACCUUUAGCGACGCGAUUCCGGUGGCGGAGUUUGUGGAGGUUUCUGUGAGGAACGGGGAGAUGGAGCGGAAGGCGUCGGAGGAAAAGUCUAAGAGGGUGGACGAUGAUCGUGGUGUUGGUGGCGGCGUCGGCGAAGAAGUUAAGGGAACCGAGAAGAUCGAGGCGGCGGUGCCUGCAGCGGGGAGGAUUGUGAAGAAGGUUAAACUGGCAGAGGGGAAGAGGAUGGCGAAGUCUAAUUUGAAUUUAUUGCAAAUAUUUUUAGAGCUUGACGACGAUUUCUUGAAGGCUUCCGAGAGUGCCCACGAGGUUUCAAAGUUGCUUGAGGCAACCAGGUUGCACUAUCACUCUAAUUUUGCUGAUAAUCGAGGACAUAUUGAUCAUUCCGCUAGAGUGAUGCGAGUUAUUACAUGGAAUAGGUCAUUUAAAGGGUUGAAUGACAAUGCUGAUGAUUGGAAGGAUGACUUUGGCUCAGAAGAGCACGAAACUCAUGCCACAGUGCUGGAUAAGUUGCUGGCAUGGGAGAAAAAGCUAUAUGAUGAAGUGAAGACAGGUGAGCUGAUGAAGUUAGAGUACCAAAAAAAGGUUGCUUCACUGGACAAGCUAAAGAAAAGAGGUACCAACUCUGAAGCAUUGGAGAAAGCAAAAGCGGCAGUAAGUCAUCUUCAUACAAGAUACAUUGUUGAUAUGCAAUCCAUGGAUUCAACGGUUUUAGAGAUAAGUCGAUUACGCGAUGACCAAUUAUUCCCAAAACUUUUUCAGCUUGUUGAAGGGAUGGCUGCCAUGUGGGAAAUCAUGCUGUCUCACCAUGAGGACCAGUCAAAGAUAGUGAUGGCACUGAGAUCUCUUGACAUCUCCCAAUCGUCCAAGGAAACAAGCGAGCACCACCAUGAGCGCACAUACCAGCUUUUGGCGGUUGUGCAGGACUGGCAUUCACAUUUUCACAAGCUAGUAAACUAUCAGAAAGAGUACAUUAAGGCCCUCAACAAUUGGUUAAAACUAAAUAUCAUCCCUGUUGACAGCAAUUUGAAAGAGAAGGUUUCUGUUCCACCAAUUGAAAGUCCCCCUAUUCGUGGACUGCUCCAUGCUUGGCACGAUCAUCUGGAGAAACUACCAGAUGAAUUUGCUAGAACUGCUAUACACAACUUUGGUGCCGUAAUAAGUUCAAUAGUGAAGCACCAAGAUGAAGAGCUGAAGUUGAAGCAAAAAUGUGAAGACACCCGCAAGGAGCUUGCCCGCAAGACCCGGCAAUAUGAAGACUGGUAUCACAAGUACAUGCAACGGAGGGCACCAGAUGAGUCGGAUCCAGAGGGGGCAGAAGAUACAACUCAAAAUAAUCUCCUUGUGGAAAAGCAGUUUAUGGUGGACACGGUGCAGAAGAGGUUGGAAGAGGAGCAGGAAGCUUACCAGAGGCAUUGCCUUCAAGUGAGGGAGAAGUCUUUGGCAAGUUUAAAAACUCACUUGCCAGAGCUCUUUAGAGAACUCUCAAAUUUUUCUCGGGCAUGUUCAAAAAUGUACAGAAACUUGAGGUCCGUAUCACAGCCCCCGAAUCCAAGUCAGAGAUCAUUAUGAGAAUGGUUUCUAAGCAUAUAACUUGCUUAUUUGUGUUUGUUAUAUGCAUUACAUAAAUUACAACUUAUCGUUUGACUUUGAAAGGUUAUUUUAUACUAUGAAAGUAUGGU